AUGCCUCUGAACCCUCGUUUCCCUCACUUGAACCCAGUGGAUAUCAAUGUCAUAGAGCUUUUCAAUACCUUGCUUGGAUCGGCAGUGGUUUCAUCCUCUUCAUCCCCUUUUAUUCGGGUCGAGGAUUGGCCGGUGUUAGUUACAAAGCCAUUCGUUGAUAGGUCUUUCGAAGACACUCUGAUGUUGCCAUUUAUUGAUGGGAUCGACUCUGGCACAGUACGAUGUCGACGCCAACUGUCACAGUAUCCAAUUUGUGCCGCCUGGCGCAUGCGGGGUACGGGAUUUCUCCUCGGCCAGACGAAACGGAACGGUAACCACCCUGGGGCCGUGCGGUCGAUGUAUAUAGAGAAUUCUUAUAUCCGGCCUCACCGUGCUACUCUUGUGGGGUCUCCCUAUAGCUUAUCGUCUUUCCCGGCCAGAUGGGAAACAAUGUGGCUCGGCUAG